AAAAGCACCCUAGCACCAUCGAAGCCGCUCGCCCUACAUGGCGCUACCCACCUUUGGGGGAGAUGCAGAGGUUGGCAGCCCCCAGCACGAGGUCGUAUCGCUGGAGGCGGUGGACGGGGACGAGCUGCUCCCGCAGCCAGAGGACGAUGUGGAGGGCCAAGUUGCUGACUUCCUGGAUCAGCUUCCCAGUGACGCGCACGAGGUGGUCGAGCGCUUGUUAGCGAAAGACGACAAGCACGUGGAGCCUGAUGAGGACCUGGACGCGCGGAGCGCUCGCGUGGAGGAGAGCUGCGAGUUUCUGCUGCGGCUCUUAGAGUUCUGCACCUCGGCCCAGCAGCGGCGCCAGGUGCUGGAGAAGUGGCUGCGCGCCCAUCCGCGGGAAGGCAAAGUGAGGAAGAAGAUCUUAACUCCCUCCGCCUCUUCCGAUAUGCUGGAGCUUCGCCGUAUGCAGCGCUUAAGCUCCAACAUCCUGACACCAGCUGUGGCGCUAACCUCUCAGGACUCAAAGCCGAGAUGCUUUGGACGAGUGCCGGAGGAGGAGACAGGCGAGGAGGUCUUGCUGGUGCAUGAGGCCUUCCGCGGCCAGGGGCGGGUGGAGUUGAGACACCUGGAGACGGUGCUGACGGGGGGUGAGCUCUCGCAGAGUCAGCUCCAGAUGCUGCUUGAGGGCGCCGAAGGUGUCAGCAAGGGCGCGGUGGUGGAUUGUGAGGCGUUUCUUCAAUGGCUCUUCAAGACGUGAAAGGUGACGUGUGAGAGGCGGCGGCUUUGGCGAAGCCAAGCUCAGCGGCUUGGGGUUCAUCUUGGCAGUUGGAGGCACGAUAUUUUCUUCGCCGGCC